AAACUGUAUAUAUAUAUAGAGAGAGUAUUGCGAUCGAAUGCAACAACAACAAAAAAAGAAACCAUGGAGAUGGAGAAGAGAAAACAACACAUAGCGCCUGCGCCGGGAGGAAUCCCCGUCGUGGAUCUAAGUAACUCCGACGAAGAUGAAGUGGCACGUGCGGUGGUACAAGCGAGUGAAGAAUGGGGUGUUUUUCAGGUGGUUAAUCACGGGAUCCCAACGGAGCUGAUACGGCGGCUAAAGGAAGUUGGCACAGAGUUCUUCGAGCUUCCAGAGACUGAGAAAGAAGUGGUAGCAAGACCAGCUGACUCCAAAGACCUAGAAGGAUACACAACGGAUUACAAAGAUGGAAAAGGCCGAGGAAAAACAUGGGCCGAUCAUCUCUUCCACAGGAUCUGGCCACCAUCAAGAAUCAACUACAGGUUCUGGCCUAGCAACUCUCCAGACUACAAGGAAGUGAAUGAGGAGUACGCAAAGCAGAUCAAGAAGCUAUCGGAGAAUAUCAUGGGUUGGUUAUCAGAAGGGUUAGGGUUACGUCGUGACGCGUUGAAAGAAGGUCUCGGUGGAGAAACGGUGGAGUAUCUUAUGAAGGUCAUAUUCUAUCCACCGUGUCCUGAUCUCGACAUGCUCUAUGGAGCUCCGCAUCAUACUGACCUCAAUGCAAUCACGUUCUUGAUUGCUAAUGAGGUGCAUGGACUUCAAGCAUUCCAGGAUAACAAGUGGAUCGACGUCGAGUAUGAUGACUCCGGGAUCGUCGUCAUUAUCGCUGACCAAAUCAGGAGGAUGAGCAAUGGGAGGUAUAAGUGUGGGGAGCAUAGAGCGACGAUGGAUACGGAGAAGACGAGAAUCUCUUGGCCGGUUUUUGCGGAACCAAACCUUGAUCACGUCGUCGGACCUUUGCCGGAGCUCAUCUCCGGCGACGAUAAUGCUCCCAAAUUCAAGCCUCAUUUCUACAGAGACUACAAACUUCUUAAGAUGAACGGUCUUCCUCUCGACUGAAAACAAUUCUCAUAACUCAGAAACAGAGGACAGAUCGCCGAGAAGAACUGUUUCCUUUAUUGGAUUAUUGGCGUCUCAGUCAUAAACCCUAUAUAUCUGCUUUAAUAAUCAGUUCAUGUUUCACUUACUUAUCAAUUUACAGUCUUGUGUGUAAAUUUCAAUGGUAACGUUUUUAUAGCAUUUGUUCUGCAUGAAUAAUUAAUGUAAACCCUAUCUGCGCUUAAAUUAAUUAAUGUUCACGUUUCAGUUAA